AUCAUUUUAUGCAUUCUCAGAGUUGCUCAGAAAAAUAAUCCAUUGAGAAAUAAACUUUAUUCCAGUUUUGAUUACCUUUUCGUCACGUUUUGCUAUAUUGGCGUUGGUCUUGCCCUGACCACAAUGGCUAUCGAAUUGGCCGCUGAUCUUCUACGAAAAGUGCACUAUGUUGGUCGAGAAGUCGAGGAUGUGGCCAGCACUGUUGUGUGGUUUGGAGGCAAGAAAAUGACAAUGAGGAAGCUGAUAAGGAAUCUCGGAGAUCAAUUCAAUGUUCCUGAAGAAGAGCUGGCCAAGUUCGAUCUCAACCAAUUUGUCAACGAUGCCAUGAAAGUGGAGGCAGGCGAGAUUAAGACGCUACGGAAACCGGUCUGUGCUUUCCAAGGUUCGCUGACCUUCAGUAAGCUGCGUGACUCGGGCGAAAGCGACAUUCGAUAUGUCGACGAACGCUUAGGAAAAUAUUACGAUGCACCUGGCGAUUCCGUACGUACCAUGGAAACGUUGCCGAUGAACGAAGCGAAGAGUUGCAUGGAGUUUCAAGUUCCUCCUUGGAUCUUGAAUGUCCAUUCUUCACCGAUUCUUCAUUGCCACUUCGUUCGAUGA